CAAGAGUAGAGCUAGCGUUAGCUAAUAACUUUGCACAAGUGCCAACAUGAGCACACCACGGAAGACAACAAAAACUACAGAAAGUGAACCCGUCUCAACACCUAAACCAUCUCAAUACCCUCAACCUUGGAUGGACACAAAACAUUUAUUUUCAGCGGAUUCCCUGCUCAAUCAGAGCCCCCAAGGGACUGAAGCAGCUCAAAAAAGUGACUGGUUGAUGGAAGGGACGGACAGUGAUGCAAAUAAAAUUCCCAGAAGAGGCCAGGGCCUGCUGCAUAGACGGAAAACAGUGCGGUUAUCUGGGGCCACCAAGCACAGCAGCAGCACUCGCACCAACAUUAAAGACAAACUAAAAAAGCACAGGCUUUACUAUGAAACAUUGGCCAAAAUCAUGAGCAAGCCUGACAAUGAUGAGGACUCUCUAACUUGUGGCCCCUCAGAUUUGACUGCAGAGGAAAACAUUGAAAUGAAAUACAAAUUCUUAAUCCAAAACAACAUGAACUUGGAGAAUGUGACUCCUCUUGAGGACUCUUGGAUUGAGAACAUUAAGGACAAGAUCCCCAGCCACCUAAAGAUAUUGGAGACAACAAUGGAGCAGCUGGUGGAUGAAGUGAAGGAGAACUAUCUGUUCAAUGUCAAGACAGAAACCUUGAGAUUUGCAUUCAGAGAUUCAAAUGAAGAAGACAUUAAAGAUCUUCCACCACAUCGGCUAGAAAUGGAGGUGCUGCCAAAACCUUGGAAUGAAGACUUUGUCAAUGCACGAAAGAGGAUGCGAUUAAAGCUGCACUCUAUCAACCCCACAAUGCGAGAGGUUCUGUUCCUUUGGGAGGUGAAUUACAAAAAUCUUCGUCUGAUUGAUGUGGAAGACUUUCACAGUAGAGAAGAGUCCAUGGAGCUCUCUGUGUUUCAAAGAAUUGUCAGCAGACAUGUAGAAAAUGCAAGAGGAAUUCUCCUGAAUAAGUGGUUUCCUGACGUGCAGAGCAUUUAUUACCAGGGGUGCAGAAAAAAGCUGGUGCCAGCCUCCACCAAUAAGACCAAACUACUGUCCUUCUUUAACUGUGCAGCUGCACUGAUGACCUCCCAGCUACAGAGUCUUGCAAUACACUCAAUAAGAGACUAUACAAGACUAAUUUCCCAAGAUCCGCAGUCAGAGCGUGUGUAUGAGCAUUCAGGUUUUGUGCUGUAUUUGGUCCUGGAAGACGAGGAGAUCAAGUUUGAGCCGGACCUCAGACAGUAUGAAGAGGCACUGCUUAAUGUCUAUGAGCUCAUGCUCAGGUCUAUCAGCAUGGUACCUCGUGUGGAAAACAAUUUUUACCCAGAGCUGCAAGGCUCUCAGUUUGGAAGCACCUUAAAGCCAAUUAUCCUGCCAGAAAUCCUUCAGCCGCUGCAGGAGGAGGUGCGCAGGGUGUUCUGGACUGAAUGUGAGAAACCAAAAGAGUACAUCCAUGAGUAUGAUAAAUACGCUGCACUGGUUUCCAAGCAAGCUGAGAAAGAUGUAGAGCAGUUUCUCAGUGAGCAGCACUCCUUCCAAGAUAUCAUGGACGAGGUGACACACUACCAGCAACUUGUUGACCAAAUCCAGUACACAACAUGCAAGGUGAUUCGUCUCGGCAUGUUUGAGGUUCAGUCCCAAAAACUUAUCCACUCUCUGGUCAAGCAUGCUCAGGAUCUACAGCAGAGACUGAUUUCCCAGAUGCUUCAGGAUCAUCAGGAACAAAACAAAAAGAUCUGUAAUGAAUUUGAGAUGAUUGCAGAGAGAGCCCUGAGCACACCCCCAGACACAGAGAAACUGAUAGAGCUAAAGACCUUCAUGAAUAAAGUGCGAACUACAGAGAUCCCCUUGUUGCAGCAAAGACUGGCAGACUCGAACUCACAGCUGUGUCGACUGAUGGACUUUGUCACCCUCUCACCAUUGGACAUGCAAUUAAACUCACAGACCAUCCAGUGGUACAAGCGAAUGCCAUCUAUCUUUAAGGAAAACCAAAAGAUCAUCGCUGAAAAGACUGAGCUAUAUCAGAGCCAACUUAAGCUCUGCCGUAAUCGCUUUGUGGAACAAUUGGAGAGCUACAGCCUACAGGUGGAGGAACUUAGCACCUUUGGUGAGCUGGCAGAUCUCAGCAAGUAUCUCGAGAAAUCCCAGGCUCUCAAUGUCAAACUUGAAGAAGCUAUGGACAAGAUAAAUGAUUUUAACCAAGAGGAGGAAGCCUAUGGCUGGUCUGUUUCCCAGUACCCACUGCGUAAGAAGAUUCAAGACAAGCUCACACCCUUCUUGCGCCUGUAUGAGACAGCAACUGACUUCCUGAACCAGCAUGAAAAGUGGCUCACUGGUCCACUCUCGGAUGUCAACCCAGACAAGGUAGAAGGAGAUGUAGGGAACUUCUGGCGCACUCUCUAUAAGCUGGAGAAAGGCUUUGGUGAUGAACCCAAAGCACUGAGCAUAGCUACCACCAUGAAGACAAAGGUAGAGGAGUUCAAGGAGCACAUUCCCAUGGUGCAGGUACUGUGCAAUCCAGGCUUGCGAGAACGCCAUUGGGAAGCCAUGUCAGAGGUGGCUGGUAUCAACCUGAUGCCAACUGAUGACCAGGUUUGUGUGGCUCGCUACUUAUCCAUGAACUUGGAGCAGCACCUGAGCAGCUUUGAGGGCAUCAGUGAGGCAGCCAGCAAAGAGUACUCCCUAGAGAAAGCCAUGGAGAAAAUGAUCAGUGAGUGGGGGGACAUGGAGUUCAGCCUCCUGGCCUACAGAGAGACAGGCACGUCCAUCCUGUCAUCUGUGGAUGAGGUGCAGAUGCUGUUGGAUGAUCAUAUCGUGAAGACACAAACCAUGAGGGGUUCACCUUUCAUUAAGCCUUUUGAAGUGGAGAUACGGGAAUGGGAGGGCAAGUUGCUGCUUCUCCAGGAGGUCUUGGAUGAAUGGUUAAAGAUGCAGUCCACAUGGCUUUACCUGGAGCCCAUAUUCAGCUCUCCAGAUAUCAUGACUCAAAUGCCAGAGGAGGGGCGCCGUUUCACUACUGUGGACAAAACCUGGAGAGACACAAUGAAACUAGUUUCCCUGGACAAACAUGUUCUCACAGUGAUUGGCAUCGACAAGAUGUUAGAGAAGCUGAAAAAGUCCAAUGAACUUCUGGAACUGAUCCUUAAAGGUCUCAACAACUACCUGGAGAAGAAGCGUCUCUACUUUCCACGGUUCUUCUUCCUGUCCAAUGAGGAGCUGCUGGAAAUUCUCUCGGAGACCAAAGACCCCACCAAAGUACAGCCACAUCUGAAGAAGUGCUUUGAAGGCAUUGCUCAUGUUGUCUUCACCGAUGUGCUGGACAUCACACACAUGAAGAGCAGUGAGGGUGAAGUAGUGCAGCUGCUGGAUAUUAUUUCCACCUCUAAAGCCAGAGGCCAAGUGGAGAAGUGGCUGCUGGAACUUGAGAAUGGGAUGAUUGCCUCCUUGCAUAAGGUAAUAGGAGAGGCAAUUGAGGCUUACCCAAAGGAGCUGAGGAUCAACUGGGUGUGUGCUUGGCCAGGCCAGACUGUGCUCUGUGUCUCACAGGUCUAUUGGACAAAGAGCAUUCAUGAAGCCAUUAAUUCAGGACAGAAGGCUUUAAAUGACUACCUGGAACAGAACAACAGACAGAUUGACGACAUUGUGGCACUUGUGCGUGGCAAGCUAUCCAAGCAGAACCGAGUGACUCUUGGAGCUCUUGUUGUGCUCGAUGUUCAUGCUAGGGAUGUACUUGCCACGCUGGUGCAAAAGGGAAUAAGAGAUGAGAACGACUUUGAGUGGCUUAGCCAACUACGAUACUACUGGGUGGAGAACCACCUCCAGACCAAGAUGAUCAACGCUGGUUUGCCUUAUGGUUAUGAAUACCUCGGCAACACUCCACGUCUGGUCAUAACGCCUCUCACUGACCGCUGCUACCGAACUUUGUUUGGGGCCCUUCACCUGCAUUUGGGAGGGGCACCAGAGGGUCCGGCUGGCACAGGAAAAACAGAAACAACCAAAGACUUGGCCAAAGCUGUAGCAAAACAGUGUGUUGUGUUCAACUGCUCUGAUGGCCUGGACUACAUCGCUCUGGGCAAGUUCUUCAAAGGCCUCCUGUCCUGUGGCGCCUGGGCCUGCUUUGAUGAGUUUAACCGCAUUGACUUGGAGGUGCUGUCUGUUGUGGCUCAACAGAUUCUCACCAUUCAGAGAGGAAUUGCUGCCCAUGCUGAGAUGCUGAUGUUUGAAGGGACAGAGCUAAAACUGAACCCCUCUUGUGCUGUAUUUAUCACUAUGAAUCCUGGAUAUGCUGGACGCUCUGAAUUACCAGACAACCUCAAGGCUCUUUUCAGGACCGUGGCUAUGAUGGUACCAGACUAUGCAAUGAUUGCAGAGAUUGUCCUGUACUCCUGUGGCUUUGUGACUGCCCGUCCUCUGUCGGUGAAGAUAGUGGCAACCUAUCGCCUCUGCUCUGAGCAGCUGUCCUCACAGCAUCACUAUGACUACGGGAUGAGAGCUGUCAAGUCUGUGCUGACUGCUGCUGGAAACCUUAAGCUUGCUUUUCCAGAGGAGAAUGAAGACACCCUGUUGCUGAGAUCCAUUAUUGAUGUCAAUCUGCCCAAGUUUCUUGCCCAUGAUCUGAAGCUGUUUGAGGGCAUAACUUCUGACCUCUUCCCUGGGGUCCAGCUUCCAAAGCGAGACUACCGCAUCUUGCUGGAAGCUAUUGAGGAGAACUGUAAGCGCAUGAACCUGCAAGUCACUGAUUUCUUUGCUGAGAAAAUUCUGCAGAUCUUUGAGAUGAUGAUCGUAAGGCAUGGUUUCAUGCUUGUGGGUGAGCCCUUCGGAGGCAAGACCAGCGCCUAUCGUGUGCUUGCAGCAGCCCUUUAUGAUGUCUGUACUAAGGGUUUGAUGGAUGAGAACCAGGUACAAAUCACAGUUAUCAAUCCCAAAUCUAUCACCAUGGGCCAGCUGUAUGGUCAGUUUGAUCCUGUCUCCCAUGAGUGGUCUGACGGCAUCCUUGCUGUCAGCUACAGAACCUUCGCUGCCUCUCAGAGCCCAGACAGAAAGUGGCUUAUCUUUGACGGCCCAGUGGAUGCUGUGUGGAUUGAGAAUAUGAACACCGUGCUGGAUGACAACAAAAAGCUGUGUCUGAUGAGCGGUGAGAUCAUUCAGAUGUCACCACAAAUGAGCCUCAUCUUUGAACCCAUGGACCUGGAGGUGGCAUCACCAGCCACAGUGUCUCGCUGUGGAAUGAUCUACAUGGAGCCUCAUAUGCUUGGCUGGCGGCCCUUGAUGCUCUCAUGGCUCAAUACACUGCCUGCAACAAUCAGCGCAGCACACAAAGACCUUAUCACUGCCCUUUUUGACCGGAUACUGCCAGCCUGCCUGCAGCUCAUUCGCAAGGCCACUAAGGAGCUUUCCCCAACCUCAGACACUAAUCUGGUGAAGUCCUUGAUGAAUCUGAUGGACUGUAUGAUGGAUGAGUUUCAUGAUGAAGCAAAGAUAAAAAGUAUGAAUGAAGAUGAUACUUGCUCCUGGCUUGAGGGUAUCUUUGUUUUCUGCUUGGUAUGGUCAGUUGGUGCCAGCUGUGAUGAUUCAGGCCGCAAUAAGUUUGAUGUGGUAGUAAGGGAAAUACUGAACGGACCUUUAAGUGAAGAAACCCGGGCCUGCCAUGGAAUUCUAGCCAACGUCGAGGCUCCGCCUAAAGAGCUUACUGUCCCCCUGCCUACUGAGGACACUGUGUACCAGUAUCGCUUCAUCAAAGAGGGCCCAGGAAGGUGGGAGCUGUGGACAGACGAGCUCAAGACUGCUCCCUCCAUAUGCAAAGAUGUGCAGUUCAAUGAAAUCAUCGUGCCGACUGAGAAUACAGUACGAUACAUGGCACUGAUGGAGCUCCUUGUCACCCACCAGAAGCCCACUAUUUUCAUCGGCCCUACUGGUACUGGCAAGAGUGUCUACAUUACAGACUUCCUGUUGAAUCAGCUGCAGAAGGAUGUGUACAGCCCAUUAUUCAUCAACUUUUCUGCCCAGACUACAGCUGCCCAAACUCAAAACAUAAUAAUGUCCAAGCUGGAUAAGCGGCGCAAGGGAGUGUUUGGUCCUCCUGUGGGAAAGAAAAUGGUGGUGUUUGUGGAUGAUGUGAACAUGCCAGCCAGAGAGGUUUAUGGUGCCCAGCCGCCUGUAGAGCUGCUACGCCAGUGGUUGGACCACUGGAACUGGUAUGACAUGAAAGACUGCUCCAUGAUCAAACUGGUGGAUAUCCAGAUCAUAUGUGCCAUGGGACCACCUGGUGGGGGGCGGAACCCUGUCACUCCUCGGUACCUGCGCCACUUCAACAUGAUUACCAUCAAUGAGUUUGAUGAGAAGACUAUGCACACAAUCUUCUCCAGGAUAAUAGACUGGCAUCUAUCUAUAAGGUACUCUUUUCCCAAGUCAUUUAGAGCUCUGACCUCUCAGAUUGUCAAUAGUACCAUGUCAGUGUACCAAGAGGCCACCAAGAACCUGCUACCAACCCCCACAAAGUCCCAUUACUUGUUCAAUCUACGUGAUGUCUCCAGGGUCAUCCAGGGCAUCUGCCUUUCACGACCAGAGACUGCAGAUGAACCAUCUGUCAUCAAACGAUUGUGGGUGCAUGAGGUCCUCAGGGUUUACUACGAUCGACUGGUUCAUGACACAGAUCGGUCCUGGCUUGUAAGCCAUUUACAGGUUGUGUUUCAGACUCACAUGGAAGAAGACUUCCAUCAAUUAUUUAAGCAUCUGGACAAGGACAGUGAUGGAAAAGUGACUGAAGAUGACCUGCGCAGCCUCAUGUUCUGUGAUUUUCAUGAUCCAAAGGGUGAGGACCGUAACUACCGGGAGGUCAACAACCUGGACCAGCUAGGACAAGUGGUGGAGUCACACCUAGAGGAGUACAACAACAUUAGCAAAGCACCCAUGAAUCUGGUGCUCUUUCGUUUUGCUAUUGAGCAUGUUUGCCGCAUUUCCCGCAUCCUGAAACAGCCAAGUGGCCAUGCCCUGCUGGUGGGUGUAGGUGGAAGUGGGCGCCAGUCCCUCACUCGCUUGGCUGCCUACAUGGCAGAGGCAGAACUUUUCCAGGUGGAAAUCUCCAAAACCUACGGAACCACUGAGUGGCAUGAUGACCUGAAGAUGAUCAUGAGGAAGUCUACACAGGGGGAAGCUCAUGGUGUUUUCCUCUUCACUGACACUCAAAUCAAAAUGGAGUCCUUCCUGGAGGACAUAGGGAACCUGCUGAACACUGGGGAGGUACCUAACCUGUUUGCUGUUGAUGAGAAACAAGAGAUCUGUGAGCGAAUGCGUGUGUUGGACCGGCAGCGUGAUUGUGACAAACAAACAGAUGGCAGCCCCCUGUCCCUUUUCAACAUGUUUGUAGAGCGCUGUCGCACACAGCUGCAUGUGGUGUUGGCCAUGAGCCCCAUUGGAGAUGCCUUUAGGAAUCGUUUGAGACGUUUCCCCGCUCUCAUUAACUGCUGCACCAUUAACUGGUUUCAGUCCUGGCCUGAGGAUGCCCUUCAAGCGGUGGCCUGUCGCUUCUUGGAGGAUAUUGAGAUGACCGAUGAGUCCAGAGAAGGCUGCAUCAACAUGUGCAAGAGCUUCCACACCUCAACCAUUGAGCUAUCACAUCGCUUUUUGACCGAGUUACAGCGUCACAACUAUGUCACCCCAACUUCAUACCUCGAACUAAUUUCAACCUUCAAAGCCUUGCUGAAAGCAAAAAGGACUGAGGUGAUGAAGCUGAAAUGUCGCUAUGAGGUUGGUUUGGAGAAGCUACAGUCAGCAGCGGACCAGGUGGCCACUAUGCAAGUUGAGCUGGAGGCUCUACAGCCACAGCUGCUUGUAGCCAGCAAGGAAGUGGAUGAGAUGAUGGUGGUUAUCAAGCAUGAAUCUGUGGAGGUGGCAAAGACAGAGAAGGUGGUGAAAGAGGAUGAGGCUGUGGCCAACAAACAAGCAAUGGCAGCGAAAGCCAUCAAGGAUGAGUGUGAUGCUGACCUGGCUGAAGCUUUGCCGAUUCUAGAGUCAGCCUUAGCUGCGUUGAAUACUCUAACCAAUCAGGAUAUCACAGUGGUGAAGUCCAUGAAAAGUCCACCGACAGCUGUCAAGCUGGUGAUGGAAGCAAUCUGCAUUCUCAAAGGCAUCAAGCCAGAUCGUAUUCCUGACCCCGCAGGCACUGGUAAGAAAGUGGAGGAUUUCUGGGGCCCAGCUAAGAAGCUCCUAGGAGACAUGAAGUUCCUCCAGAGCCUUCAUGAGUAUGACAAAGACAACAUCCCACCAAAUCUCAUGGCCAUCAUACGCAGCAAAUACAUCACCAACCCAGACUUUGUACCAGAGAAGAUUCGAACUGCAUCCACUGCAGCCGAAGGCAUGUGUAAGUGGGUCUGUGCCAUGGACAAGUAUGACAAAGUGGCCAAGGUUGUGGCUCCCAAGAAGGAGAAGCUUGCUCAGGCUGAGGGGGAGCUGAAUGUGGCCAUGGAGGGCCUGCGGAAAAAGCAGUCUGCCCUCAAAGAAGUACAAGAUAAACUUGCAAAGCUUCAGGAGACUUUGGAUGCUAACAAGAACAAGAAAGCUGAGCUAGAGAAUCAGGUGGAUCUGUGCAGUAAGAAGCUGGAGCGAGCGGAGCAGCUUCUUGGAGGCCUGGGUGGAGAGAAGACGCGCUGGAGCGAAAUGGCUUUCAACCUGGGAGAGCUGUACAAUAACUUGACUGGAGACAUCCUUAUCUCAGCUGGGAUAGUGGCUUACCUGGGAGCCUUCACCUCCAGCUACAGACAGGAUCAGACCGAGGAAUGGAUGAACCUUUGUAAGAGCAGAGAGAUCCCCUGCUCACCCAACAUGUCUCUGAUGAACUCUUUGGGUGAUCCAGUAAAGAUCCGUGCUUGGACUAUUGCUGGCCUUCCAUCAGACAGUUUCUCCAUAGACAACGGUAUCAUAAUCUCCAAUGCCAGGCGGUGGCCUCUGAUGAUCGAUCCCCAGGGCCAGGCCAACAAGUGGGUGAAAAACAUGGAGAAGGCCAAUGGCCUGAAUAUCAUUAAACUGAGUGAUGCUGACUUUGUGCGCACUCUGGAGAACUGCAUCCAGUUUGGCACGCCAGUGCUGUUGGAGAAUGUUGGAGAAGAGCUGGACCCUAUCCUCGAGCCUCUGCUGCUGAGACAGACUUUCAAACAAGGUGGUGCCAUGUGUAUCCGCCUUGGAGACUCAACCAUUGAAUAUGCUCCAGACUUUCGCUUCUACAUCACCACCAAGCUACGGAACCCACACUACCUGCCUGAAACUUCUGUCAAGGUGACCCUGCUGAACUUCAUGAUCACUCCAGAGGGCAUCCAGGACCAGCUCCUAGGCAUUGUGGUUGCCCGAGAAAGGCCUGACCUAGAGGAAGAGAAACAGGCUCUCAUCCUGCAAGGAGCAGAGAACAAAAGGCAACUGAAGAAGAUCGAAGAUGAAAUCUUGGAGGUGCUCUCUUCUUCCGAGGGUAACAUCCUGGAGGACGAGACAGCUGUCAAAAUCCUCUCCAGCUCCAAAGUGCUAGCCAAUGAAAUCUCAGAGAAGCAGGCUGUGGCUGAGGUGACCGAGCAGAAGAUUGAUGAGACCCGUAUGGGCUACACACCCAUUGCUGUGCAUUCAGCUAUCCUGUUCUUCUCCAUUGCUGACCUGGCUAACAUUGAACCCAUGUACCAGUACUCCCUUGCCUGGUUUAUCAACCUCUUCAUCAACUCCAUUGACAACUCAGACAAGAGCGAGGACUUGGAGCAAAGACUCCAGAUCCUGAGAGACCACUUUACCUACUCACUAUAUGUAAAUGUGUGCCGCUCCCUGUUUGAGAAGGAUAAGCUGCUCUUUUCCUUCUGCCUCAGUGUCAACCUGCUUAUGCAUAAGAAAAUGGUGGAUGAGGGGGAGUGGCGCUUCUUAUUGACAGGUGGUGUUGGACUGGAUAACCCACACUCAAAUCCCUGCACCUGGCUCCCUAAGAAGUCUUGGGAUGAGAUUUGCCGCCUGGAUGAGAUGGAGUGUUUUAAAGGUCUGCGUCAUGACAUGGCUCGCCUCAUAAACGAGUGGAAGAAAGUUUACGACAGCCCAAACCCCCAUCAGACAUCGUUUCCUUAUGAGUGGCAGGAGAAGCUGAGCCAGUUUCAGAAGAUGCUGGUGAUCCGUUGUCUCAGACCAGAUAAGAUUAUUCCCAUGGUCCAGGAGUUUGUAUCCAACAGUUUGGGCCGUCCCUUCAUCGAAGCACCACCCUUCAACCUGAGUAAAGCUUUCGUUGAUAGUCACUGCUGUGCUUCACUUAUCUUCAUCCUCUCUCCUGGCUCAGACCCGAUGGCUGCCUUGCUCAAGUUCGGAGAUGAAAAGGGCUUUACCGGUAACAAGCUGACCUCCCUCUCUCUGGGCCAAGGCCAGGGUCCUAUUGCUAUGCGUAUGAUUGAGACAGGCAUUAAAGAGGGCACCUGGGUGGUUCUGCAGAACUGCCAUCUGGCCACAUCGUGGAUGUCUACACUGGAGAGAGUCUGCGAGGAGCUGAAUCCCGAUACCACCCACCCAGACUUUAGGCUCUGGCUGACAAGCUACCCGUCUCCAACCUUCCCUGUGGCGGUGCUGCAGAACGGGGUGAAGAUGACCAAUGAGGCUCCAAAGGGACUCCGCUCCAACAUUGCCCGCUCAUUCUUAAUGGACCCCAUCUCUGACCCAGAGUUUUUUGGCAGCUGUAGCAAACAGGCUGUGUUCAAGAAGCUACUGUACGGCCUGUGCUUCUUCCACGCCCUGACCCAGGAGAGGAGAAAGUUUGGACCUUUAGGCUGGAACAUUCCGUACGAGUUCAAUGAGACCGACCUCCGUAUCUCUGUGCAGCAGCUACACAUGUUCCUUGAACAGUACCAGGAGGUACCUUUUGACGCCCUGCGCUACAUGACUGGUGAGUGCAACUACGGAGGUCGUGUAACAGAUGACUGGGACAGACGAACCCUGCGCACAAUCCUCUCCAUCUUCUACAGCCCUAAAAUUAUUGAAGAUGCAGACUACAAGUUUGAUCCCAGUGGGCUCUACUAUGCACCAGCUGAGGGAGAUUAUAACAGCUAUAUAGAAUACACCAAGUCACUACCACUCAACCCGUCACCUGAGAUAUUUGGCAUGAACGCCAACGCAGAUAUCACCAAGGAUCAGGCUGAGACACAGCUACUGUUUGACAGCAUCUUGCUCACACAGUCCCGCGCUUCAGGCGGAGAUGCCAAAUCCUCAGAUGACAUGGUCUUUGAUGUGGCAGCUGACAUCCUGAGCACACUGCCUGGAGACUUUGACAUGGAGGCGGCAAUGAGAUGCUUUCCCACCAGCUACAACCAGAGCAUGAACACAGUGCUGGUUCAGGAGAUGGGCCGCUUCAACAACCUGCUCUGCACCAUCCGAGACUCCUGUGUCAACAUCCAGAAGGCCAUAAAGGGUUUGGUGGUGAUGUCAGCUGAGCUGGAGGACGUGGUAAGCAGCAUCUUAAAGGGUCGUAUCCCUGGCAUGUGGAUGAAGAAGUCCUACCCCAGCCUCAAACCACUGGGAAGCUACGUCAACGACUUCCUGGAGCGUCUGAAGUUCUUACAGGAUUGGUAUGAUCAGGGUACCCCUGCAGUGUUCUGGAUAUCAGGAUUCUUCUUCACCCAGGCCUUCCUCACAGGCAGCCAGCAGAACUAUGCCAGGAAACACACCGUCCCAAUUGACCUGCUGGGCUUCGACUUUGAAGUCCUGGAAGAUAACCAGUACACAAGACCCCCUGCAGAUGGUGUGUACAUCAGAGGUUUGUUUCUUGACGGAGCACGCUGGGACAGAGAGACCAAACUUCUCGCUGAGUCCUACCCAAAAGUGCUGCAUGACCCCAUGCCUGUGAUGUGGCUGAAGCCGGUCAAACGACAGGACAUUCCCGAGAGGAUGUGUUACUUGGCGCCUGUCUACAAGACAAGCGAGCGGCGUGGGACCCUGUCCACCACGGGACACUCCACCAACUAUGUCAUCACCAUGACACUCAACUCCGACCUGCCUGCUGAACACUGGAUCCGACGAGGGGUAGCUCUGCUCUGCCAGCUCAGCUCCUAGUCCCUGCUGAGUUUACACGUCGAAUGGCGUAUGAUUUAAAAGAGCAUGGGGAAAGUGUAAAGAAAUGCUAUCUCUGCAUUUAAGUUCAAACCUGGAGACCUCAUAGAUAUUAAAAUACCAAGGUGGUAAUACACACUCUCUUCUGGAAAAUAUAAGAAAAAGUUUAAGAAAAAUCA